CUGACUUUCCCACCGUCUCUCUCUCUCUCUCUCCUCCCCCUCUCAUUUCCGUGCUCCUCCCGUCGGAGUAUACUAAAAAAUUUCCUAUUCCGCAACCGAAGCUUCCAGAAGGCUUCUUCUUCCGUACCUUCCACCCAACGCGAGGGGUCGCUCCUUCCCGCAUCUGGAAGCUACGGUCUCCCCCGCUCAGAUCCGGCUGGGCUGCGGAUGGCCGAGCAGGGCGGCGCCACUGGGGAGGCCGGCGGCAGCGAGCCCCCUGCGCCCGCGCCUGCCCCGGCGCCACCGCCGGCUGCGGAGGCCGCGGGGCAGAGGUCGCUGCCGACGCCGUUCCUGACCAAGACGUACCAGCUGGUGGACGAGCCGGCGGUGGACGACGUGAUCUCGUGGAGCGAGGACGGCUCCACGUUCGUGGUGUGGCGGCCGGCGGAGUUCGCGCGCGACCUCCUCCCCAAGUACUUCAAGCACAACAACUUCUCCAGCUUCGUGCGGCAGCUCAACACCUAUGGAUUUAGGAAGAUCGUGCCCGACCGAUGGGAGUUCGCCAACGACUGCUUCCGGCGUGGGGAGAAGCGCCUGCUCUGCGACAUACACCGCCGGAAGGUACCACCGGCUCCGGCCGCGCCGGCAGCGGCUCUGGCGACCGCCGCGGCUGCGGCGGCGUCCGGGGCGGUGACCGUCGCCGCGGCGCCGAUCCCCAUGGCCCUGCCGGUGACGCUGCCGGGCUCGCCGGCGCUAUCCUCCGACGAGCAGGUGCUCUCCUCCAACUCCGGCUCGGACCACCCGCAGGCGGUGCCGUCCGGCUCCGGGGGCGCGUCCGCAUCGGGCGACACGGGAGAGGAGAACGAGCGCCUCCGCCGCGAGAACGCGCGGCUGACCCGCGAGCUCGCGCAGAUGAAGAAGCUCUGCAACAACAUCCUGGUCCUCAUGACCAAGUACGCCUCCUCCCAGCAGCUCGACGCCUCCGCGGCGCUGUCCUCCGUCGUCAACUGCUCCGGCGAGUCAUCGGAGGCCCUGCCGCCGCCGCCGCCCCUCCCCCCGGCGAUCCUCGAUCUAAUGCCCUCGUGCCCGGGCCUGGCCACCGCGGCCGCGGGCCUCGUCGCCGACGCGGACCCCGACCAGGCCGCGAGGCUGUUCGGCGUCUCCAUCGGGCAGAAGCGGACGCGGGAGGACGACGACACCGGCGAGGAGCCGGCGGCAGACCACGGCGGCUCCGGCGCGGAGGUGAAGACGGAGGCGUCGGAUCCGCAUCAGCUUCCGUCAGGCAGCAGCAAGGAGGCGUCGCCGGACCAGCACCCGUGGCCCAUAUACCGGCCCACGCCCGUGUACCACUCGAUGCGGCCCUGCAACGGGCCGGACCAGGGCGCCGGGUCCGACCAAGACGGGUCCAACUCCAGGGAGUCAGGGUGCGGGUGGCCUGCUGUAUUUGUGCCUGAUGAUCGCGGAAAUGAGAAGAGCAUUUCCUGGAUGUUGUUUCGAUGAUCAGAUGAUAUGAUCCAUGCUCAUUUCAACUGUUCGUCC